AGCCUGACUUAGGCAUCUUCUGACAGGUUAGACUGGAGUCGAGAUCUAUAGUAGAUCUUAUAAGUUUAACAUGCAUGACUAGAUUGACACAUGGUUACACAUAGGGCUUAAUUAUCUUUUCUUUUGAAUUAACUUCAUACAAUUUCUAUGAUAAAAUAUUGCAACCAAAUUGUCCAAAUUAACGAUUUCAACACUUCUACAGAAACAUCAUCAAACACUGAAAGAAGAUUAGGAAGUAACGAUUCCUCGAAGAUUUAUUACAUCAAACUAAAAUGGACCCAUCAAUCAAAGCAAAAAGCAUUCCGGUUCUUGAUAAAGAAUUAAAACAUGGGAAUAGGACAGAAGAAAAUUCUAAUUCUGUUGUCAAGAGGCACAAAAAUAAUAAAAAGGAAAAGUUAGUGACUAGAGAUUUAAAAGAGACGUUUCCCAAAGACAAAAAUGAAUCCAAUAAUGAGAAUAGAGAUCUUGAUGUGUUUGAAGAAAAUCAAACAUGGACAAAUACUUUGCCGUAUUAUGUAAGCUGGUUUGUGUUACUGAUGUUGUCAUUAAUCACAAGAAUUUAUAACAUCGAGAAGCCUGCUCAUGUCUGCUGGGAUGAAACUCAUUUUGGUAAAAUGGGAAGCUGGUACAUUAACCGUACAUUCUUUUUCGAUGUUCACCCACCACUAGGCAAGAUGCUGAUUGGCUUCGCUGGAGUUAUGACAGGCUACGAUGGAAGCUUUCCUUUUCACAAACCAGGAGACCAGUAUGAAGAUGUGAACUAUGUGGGAAUGAGAGUGUUCUGUGCUGUGCUGGGUGCACUGCUUGUCCCCCUUGCCUAUCAGUGCAUAUGGCUGCUAACUCACUCGAUUCCAGCUUCCAUUUUUUCUGCAGCUCUUAUUUUAUUUGAUACAGGGACCUUAACUCUGUCACGUCACAUCCUGCUUGACCCUAUUCUUAUGUUUUUCAUCAUGACCUCAACAUAUUCAUGUCUCAAGUUUUUGACCUACAGUCACAAACCAUUUACCUUGCCGUGGUGGGUUUGGUUGACCAAUACAGGCAUUUCUUUAGCCUGCGCUCUAGGUGUCAAGUUUGUUGGGCUGUUUGUUAUUUUGUUGGUUGGCUACACAACAAUCUCAGAUCUGUGGAGGCUUUUAGGGAACCAUUCUAUAUCUUUGGUGGCGCUCAGUAAGCAUGUCGCAGCUAGAGUUAUUGGUCUCAUCCUUGUGCCAGUCCUAGCCUACUGUGUUCUGUUUGCCGUACAUUUAAAAGUUCUGGACCACAGCGGCAAUGGCGAUGGCUUCUUUAGUUCAGCUUUUCAGUCUCAGCUGAUUGGCAACAGACUUUAUAAUGUCAGCAUGCCCCAGUAUAUUGCCUUUGGGAGUGAAAUCACAUUAAAACAGAGGAGGACAGGUGGGGCCUACCUACAUUCCCACUUUCAUCUUUACCCUGAGGAGCAUCCACCCAAACAGCAACAGGUUACAACGUACAGCCAUAAAGAUGACAACAACCGAUGGAAAAUCAAACCUGCAGACAGAGAGAUUGGAGCCAGUGACCCACUGGUUUAUGUCCAGAGUGGAGACUUGGUCAGACUGGAACAUGUCUUGACGAGAAGAAACCUUCACAGCCAUAAAGAACUGGCUCCGCUCAGUAAACAUCACUUCCAAGUCUCAUGCUAUGGCCAGAAUGGUACUGGAGACGCCAAUGAUAUCUGGAUCGUAGAUGUGGAGGGAGCAAGCAGAGGAGAUAAAAUUCAAACUGUCAGAUCCAAGAUCAGAUUUGUUCACUAUCAUGUGCGAUGUUUGCUGCACUCUCAUGACAAGAAGUUACCAAAAUGGGGCUGGGAACAGCUGGAAGUGACAUGUCAACCUAACCUGAGAGAUCCAACCUCAAUGUGGAGUGUGGAGGAGGUCAUUGAUGCCAGGUUGCCCAAUGUCAGUUUUGAAGUAUACUCUCCAACCUUUCUUGAGAAAUUGGUAGAGAGUCAUGCUGUGAUGACCCAAGGCAACAGUGGACUCAAGCCUAAAGAAGGGGAGGUCACCUCUAGGCCAUGGCAGUGGCCAAUAGACUACAGGGGUCAGAUCUUCUCAGGUCAAGAUCACAGAAUCUACAUGCUGGGCAACCCCAUUAUCUUCUGGUCUCUGCUUGUCAUCAAAGUUUUAUUCCUUGGCCUGUGGUUGGCCUACUCUGUUGGACACAAGAGAAAGAUUCCGAUCAACAAAAACUUACAGAUUUACUGUGAGAGAUCAUUCCGUGUGUGCUGGUGGCUACUUCUGGCCUGGUUUCUUCACUACGCCCCCUUUUGGAGCAUGUCUCGUGUCUUGUAUUUUCACCACUAUUUCCCAGCAUUCCUCUACAGUGCUAUGUUUGGAGGUGUGAUGCUGGACUUCCUUGUCACACUGACCUGUAUCUGUGUCCCUGACUACUUGGCAGUCAAAGUUUUUCACUUUUGUUUUCUGCUGAUAGCUGCUGGCAUUUUAUGGAGCUUCUAUUUAUUUCAUCCACUGGCCUAUGGGAUGUCUGGCUCCUUGGCUGCUGUCGAGGGCAGCAUGAUGCACAAUGUGAAGUGGCUGGAUUCUUGGGAUAUAUAGAGCAGGGAUCCAGCAAUAGAGGAAAAAUAUAUAGGUUUGGAUGUACAUACAACUUAAAAAUAGAUUUGAAUCAAAUCAUUUUUUGUUAGAAAACUGCUGAAUCUAGCACUGAGUUAAGUCAUAAUUGUGACUGAGUUAAGUCAUAAUUGUGACUGAGUUAAAUUUUUAUCAUGACUGAGUUAAGUCAUAAUUAUGAUUGUUAAGAAAAGUCAGCCAUUGUCUUCAUCACAAUGUACACUUCUAUUCUUCUUUGUACACUGUAUUACGUGGGAGAUUGCCAUAUAAUGAUUUGCAAUGCAAUUUAAUUCUCUCUCUUAUAUACUAUUAAUCUUAGGACUCAAAGCAAAUCUUUUUAACAUUAUAUAUGUAUACUAAGUAGACAAAGUCAACACUUAAUCAAGCCAACAUGAAUAUUUUCUUUGAAAGAUUCAAAAUGAAUAAAACUGAAAAGGAAUUUUCGCCAAUUAUUGUAUCCACUUUUUUCAAGUUUUUUUUUUUACUUUGAUCUCUGUACAUAUUUGAAUCCUGUGAUUUUUUUGUUUCGUUGCUAUUCUUGUUGUCAUAAUGCUAACAAUUUUAUUUGGUUUCACCUUUUUUUUUUUUGGUGUCAUAAGAUUUGUCAAAAGACGUUUAUUGUUUACUUUAUACACAGCAGAACAUACCAUUUGGAACAAUCAAGAAAUAUAAAUCUGUUGCGUAGUGAGUAGUCUUUUGACACAGUCAUUCCAUUUUUUUAAUUAAAAAUUAUUUUUUUUUGAGUUACGAUGUAAACAUAAACUUGAGUAAAAAAAAAAUAUGAGUUUAUUUUUUCAAAGGCUUGGGUUUCAAAUCAAAAUGAUGUCAUUAAAAUAAAAUACAUUUCAUGUGAUACAUCAGAACAAGUUGUUAGGGCCUCAUUCAGUUACUUUGAAAGAUUUGUUUCAACGUCAAGUUAUUUUAAGACCAUUCCUUGUCUAUCAGAAAUGCCUAGGAGAUUGAUACAACCUACAUUUAGUCUGUUGUUUGUUUGUCCAUUAUUAAAAUAAUAUUGCUUUAGAAAAAAACAUGCUGUCCAACUACAAGUCUCUUGAUUUGGAUCAAUAAAAUUACUACAAGCUUGCUAUUAGCCACAGAAACAGGUGACCUUUACAUCACCGAAGCUGCAAGUCUUCAGGGGACUUAAUCCAAUGUUGUUAUUUUUAAAGUUAAAUUUAUAUUUGAACUAUAUCUCAAUUGUUUUUAUAAAGUCUAAGUCUGAGAUGCCAGUGAUUGUAACUGCAAGCUUAACAUUAGCAUUUAGUUUGUCUAAGUUUACUACCACUGGACAAGAGUCAUCUUAAUGGUUCCAGCCAGCCAGAAUUUGUCGCCAGCUUUUUGGCAUUUAUUUCCUCUGACUCACCUACUUUAGCCAGGUAUCAGGGCUGGUCUUAGGCAUAGGCAAACUAGGCAGCCACCUAGGGUCUCCCAUUGGUAAGAGACACAGGACUCAAAAACAAUUUUUGUU